CUCCGUGACGUCGCUGCCCGCAGACAGGCCCUCAGGCUGGGGGAGCGGAGCCGAGCGGAGCCGGGACGCUGCGGGACGCUGCGGGACGCUGCGGGACGGACGCUGCAGCAGCCGCCGCUGCCGCAGAGGCACCGAGGAGCCGCAGCGCCAGGCAGCGAACCAGGCGGCGAACCAGCGACGCACCGGAAACUUCGCAGAGGAGACGGAAGCCGUAAUGCGGCACCGGCCGGCGGCCCGGAGCUGAUGUGACCCGCGGCCGGAGCGGGACAGGCGGACACCGGCGGCACCGCGCCCCUCGGCGGCCUCGUCUCCAGCCGGAGCUCCGUCGCCGCGGCGGGGACGCGGACAUGUCCUCCCUCACCGUGGAGGAGGAGCAGAAAUGGCUCCCGACCAGCGUGCAGGUGACGGUGCUGCGGGGCAGGGGCUUGCGGGGCAAAGGCAAGCACGGGACCAGCGACGUGUACACCAUCAUCCAGCUGGGCAAGGAGAAGUACUGCACCGGCGUGGCGGAGAAGACCACCGAGCCCGAGUGGCGCGAGGAGUGCAGCUUCGAGCUGCAGCCCGGCGCGCUGCAGAGCGGCGGCCCGGCGGGGGGGGGCUCGGCCGGGGCGCGGGGCGCCGAGCUGCUGCUCACCGUCAUGCACCGCGCGCUCAUCGGCAUGGACGUCUUCCUGGGACAGGCGGCGGUCCGCCUGGACAGAGUCUUCCACGACGCCCGGAGCGGGAAGAACCAGUGGUACAGACUCAACUCCAAGACGGGGAAGAAGGAGAAGGAGCGCGGGGAGAUCCAGGUGAGCGUCCAGUUCACCCGGAACAACCUGACGGCCAGCAUGUACGACCUGGUGAUGAAGGACAAGAGCGCCUCCACCUUCAGCAAGCUGAAGGAGCACAUGAGGGGCAAGCGGCGGUCCGGGGACAAGGACGCGUCCUCGGCCGUGCUGCCGGGCGGCUACGGCUCGCUGUACCGCAUGCGGCAGCGCCUGCCGAGCGACGGCGGCGGCGAGGAGGACUACGAGGACGACGAGGGCGGCGAGGCGCGGCGCAGCAAGAUGAGGACCUUCUUCCUGAGGGGGAAGCUGCGCAAGUCCUCGGACACGCGCUCCAGCACGUCCCUGGGCUCCGAGAGCAGCGAGUCCUCGUCCCGGGGGGGCAGCCUCAGUCCCACCGCCGGCAUCAGCGUGGUGGUCUCCGACCUGUCCAACUCCCCCAGCAACAGCAGCAACCUGACGGCGGACAACAGCCCAGAGCACACCGCCAACACGUCCCCCAAGUCGUCCUCUGUCCAGGGUGAGUUUGGGGACGAGGCCGGUGAGAUCUCCAUCGCCGUCCCUCGCCAGCCGGUCUGCGUCAACGGAAGCCAUGCGGGCCCCGCCCGACCCCCCGACCCCGCCCCCGGACCCCCGGCGGGUUCUCUGGGCCUGGGACUCCUGCACAAGUCCCUGCCUCUGUCCACGUCCCUGCAGAACCUCAGGCUGCGGCCGUCCGCCGCCGUCGGCCCCCCCGGCGCCGGCGGGCCCGCGGGGGACGGCCGCCGCUGGUCCUUCGACAAGCCCGGCGAGGAGGAGAAGGCCGCCAUCGCCGCGGCGCUGGAGAGGAGCGGCCCCCUGCUGAGCGACCAGCAGCUGGAGGAGGACCCCACGGGUCCCGGUCCGGCUGGACCGGCGCCGGACAAACACAAGGCCUGGUUCGGAUCCAGGGACUCGCACAGCAAACCCAGCCCCCACCCGGUGAAGCCGCUGACCACUGCCAUGCCGCCGGAGGAGAAGCGGUCAGUGCUGGCCACCGGCCUGGAGAAGCUGAAGUCCACCAUCCACCCGGGGCGGAGCGGCCCGGCGGGCGAGACGGACGCCGACAGGAAGAAGCCCCUGACAGAAGGCGCGGGGUCGUACUACCACCUGACCCACAGCGAGCUGGUGUCCCUGCUGGUCCAGCGCGAGCGGGACCUGGACCUGCAGCGGGUCCAGAUGGAGCGGCAGAGGGUCCUGCUGGCCAAGCGCGAGCUGGAGCUGCGGCGGCUGAAGCCUCAGGUCCGGGACCUGGAGGACUACAUCGACACGCUGCUGGUGCGCAUCAUGGAGCAGAAGCCCACCCUCCUGCAAGUCCGCUCCAAGUUCAAGUGACGGCGGGCGGGGGGGGGGUCGGCCGCCGCCGCCGCCGCCGCCGCCUCCGGUCACCGCAGCCUCCACAGCAGAUCCCUCGUCUCUUCACUGCUAUGCCGUCUCUUUUUGAUACCGAUCGGAUGUUUGGGCCUCGGCAGGCCGUCCCGGAGCCGGGCCUCACCCGGGGGUCUGGGUUUGGUCCUCGCUCGGGGGUUUGGGUCCUUUGCCCGAGGGUUGGUAGGAGGGUUUUGAAUGUAGCGUCCUCAGGUUGUUUUCAGGUCCUGGCGGCCCGGCGGAGGGUCCAGGACCCCAGAUGACUGUAGAACCCUUCCGAACUCCUUUUCACCUCACUUAUUUAUCGCUUCUGUCACCUUGAUCACAGAGAGAGAGAUCUGUGGCGUUUCAGUCCAGGACGGCGUCAGUCCAGUUAGCUCCUCCCUUCAUGCAGAAAGCCCCUCCCCCUCCAGCUGGGGGGCGGAGUCUGCUGGCUCCUCUCAGCUCCUGGUUUCUCACCGUUUCCUGUUUUCCUGGUCUGCAGGCUCUCCUGCUCCUCCCAGCUGUUCUCCGGCCGCCGCUGCAGCAUCGGCAUCGCGGUUUGACCUCUUCACUCUGUGGUGUCGGUUGAACCGGCGCUCCAGUGGCUCAGUGCUGCCCCCUAAAGCUCAGCGGACGAGCUGUGAAGAUCAGAAAACAUCUGAUCUGUCAGCUCAGCCUGCUCUGAUUGGUUGGUUGCAGCUCCAGUAAAGGUCUCUGGCAUUUAGACGAGCGUCAGAAGAUCUUCUCAGUCCAGACAUUCACUGAUCCGCCUCCAGUCGUUCUCUCUCUUCGUUACCGGAUCAAUUCCGCUGCUUUUCAAAUGAGGAUUUAUUUUGGAGGUUUGAAGGAAGUCAGAAUGUUUCCUGCAGCAGGUUUGAAGUUCAUGCAGGUUAAAUCAUUUCCUGUGCUUCAUCCAGGCCAGAUCAAUCGACCGGUUCUCCAGACUCACAUGACCUCCUCCUCUGACGCUGAGCGGCGUCCGCCGUGGACCGAGGAAAGAGUUCACUUUGAAUUUGAAGUUAGCAUGGAGGACGCUGAGUCGUUCUGGAGUCAGGAUAAAGCAAACCGAUUCUUUUAUCACCAUGACGACGGCCCGAUCGCAAACACACGUCACAUGGCAUUGAACGGCUUCAUUCCGGAUCAUUCAUGCUUUGGCCUCCAGGUGGCGCCAAAGAGUUUGGUCAUCAGUGGUGAACAGGUCACUUCAGCGGACUCCACCUCCUCCUCCUCCACCUCCCUCCAUCUCCUCCAUCUUCACCUCCUCCUCCACCUCCCUCCUUUCUCCUCCACCUCUUCCCUCCUCCUCCUCCUCCACCUCCCUCCUUUCUCCUCCACCUCUU